AUGAGUCAAGACGAUAUUGAAGGUGCUAUCCAAGAGACUGUUGAUAUCGGUCUAGAAUUCGACGAAACAUUAGCUCCGAUGGGUGAAGAAUGUAAGACCCUAGUAGAAGGAAGUUUCACUUGGCAUAUAGAUAAUUGGAGUUCGUUGAAUAAAGACAAAUAUGUAUCUCCGAGAUAUAAGAUUGGAGAUUUUGAUUGGGAUGUCUUAUUAUUUCCGCAGGGAAACCAUAAUAAAAGUUUAGCUAUUUAUUUGGAACCACACCCAGAAGAAAGGCCAGUUAAGAAUAGUUGCGCAAAUGAAAAAAUGCCUUCAGAUGAUUCUAAAAAUAAUGAAAAUAGAGAUGAUGAUGGUGAUGUAGACUUAAUGCAAGAAAAGUCUUCAGACUCAGAAAUUAUUGUUGAUAAGCAAUCCACCGGCCAAAAUGAUAAUGAUGAUGCUGAAGAUAGUAGCGACCUUUCAGUAGAAAUGGAACCAGUAAACCCUGACUGGUAUGUUUGUGCACAAUUUGCGGUAGUUAUCUCAAGGCCCGGUCAUGAUAAAGAAACCCAUUUGGUCAGCAGAUCUCACCAUAGAUUUAAUGCUACCGACACAGAUUGGGGAUUCUCUAAUAUCGUCGAUCUAUAUCAUUUAAAGAACUCUGUAAGAGGCCGUCCUUCAGGCUUUAUAAAUGGUGAUGACUUGAAUAUAUCUGUGUAUGUUCGUGUAUUAGAAGAUCCAACGGGUGUAUUAUGGCAUAAUUUUAUUAAUUAUGACUCCAAAAAAGAAACAGGGUAUGUAGGUUUUAGAAAUCAAGGAGCAACUUGUUAUUUGAAUUCUUUAUUACAAUCUUAUUUCUUCACCAAAUAUUUCAGAGACUUAGUUUAUCAAAUUCCAACUGCUGAUGAAAAUCCAAAUGAUAGUGUUGCCUUAGCCUUGCAGAGAGCAUUUUAUCAAUUACAGGUCUCGAAUUAUCCAUUAGAUACUCUGGAAUUAACAAGAUCCUUUGGUUGGGAUACUGCAGAGGCGUUUACACAACAUGAUGUGCAAGAGCUAAACCGUAUUUUGAUGGAUAGAUUAGAAUCCAGAAUGAAAGGUACUAGUGUCGAAGGGAAAUUGACAGACGUAUUUGUAGGAAAGAUGAAAAGUUAUAUUAAAUGUGUCAAUAUCGAUUAUGAAUCGUCAAGAGUAGAAGAUUUCUGGGAUAUUCAAUUAAAUGUGAAAGGUUUAGAAGGUCUUGCAAAUGCUUUUGAAAAUUAUAUUGAAGUUGAAUUAAUGGACGGUGAGAAUCAAUACGCAGCACAAGAUUAUGGCCUUCAAGAUGCCAAAAAGGGUGUCGUUUUUGAAUCAUUUCCCGAAGUCUUACAUCUACAAUUAAAAAGAUUUGAAUAUGAUUUUAAUUACGAUCAACUUGUUAAGGUUAAUGAUCGGUUUGAGUUCCCCGAAACUAUUGAUUUAUCUCCCUACAUGGAUAAGGAAGUUUUAAAGAAGCAAAAAGGUCCAAACAAUUAUAACUUGCAUGGUGUAUUAGUUCACACUGGUGAUAUUUCUACGGGUCAUUAUUAUGCAAUGAUUAAGCCAACUACUGAUGACAAAUGGUAUCGGUUUGAUGAUGAAAAGGUCUGGAGAGUUACCAAAAAGCAAGUAUUUGAUGAAAAUUUCGGUCUGAAUAGGUUGCCGGAAGAUACUCUACGUAAAAUGACUAGAAAAGAAUAUCAAGAUUAUUUGAUUGCCCGCCAUACGAGUGCUUAUAUGUUAGUAUACGUUAAGGAUUUAGCAGAAAAUGGAAUUUUAGAGCCAUCUUGCGAUAAAGGUGCCCCAGAAAACGUCGUGACCACUAUUCAGAAAGAAAAUAAAGAGCGUGAAAUAAAGGAAAAAGAAUUACGUGAAGCAUAUUUGUAUGUUACUGUGAGAUUACAUUCUAUUAGUAACUUUAUCAACUAUCAAGGUUUUGACUAUUCACCAAAUCCACAAUCAACUUUAUUUGAUAGUGAUUUAUAUGAUGAAAAUGAAUAUUGUGUUACAAUUAAAGUUUUAAGAACAACGUAUAUUAAAGAUUUAAAGAAAAAAAUUAAUGAAAAAUUAGGUAUUCCACAUGGCAAGAAUGUUAGAUAUUGGAAAAUGGCUUAUCGUCAUAAUAGCACUUUACGUUUAGAAAAACCUAUAAUGUCAGAUAUGGAACAAAGUACCUUAGAGGAUGCAUUAAAUAAUAAGCACGAAGAAAUAUUGCCACCACUAGAUAUUUUUGUCGAGGAACCUUAUUUAGAAUUAUCCUUCUUAAAUAAUCUAAAAGUACAGAAAGUUUAUCCUGAUGUUAAAUUAACAAAUGACUUCAUUAAAAAAUUAAGAACCAAAAUUUCAUCUGAUAUUAAAACUGAAGAUAUGCCUGAUAUUCAAGAUGUCGAAACAUAUUCUAUAUUGUUUGUGAAAGUGUUUGACCGUCAUACUCAAAGGUUGGUGGGUGCUGGUCACUUUGUUACGGAACAGUACACUGAUAUUAAGCAUUUAUCAAAAAUUAUUAGGAGCAUAUAUGAUAUUCCAGAAUCUAUUUCUUUGUAUGAAGAAUUAGCACCUGGUAAAAUUGAAAAAUUACCUCAUGAGGGUCAAGUUUAUUCUUUAGACCUAAUAUCUGGUGAUAUAAUUUCUUUUGAACUACCACAUAGAGAUCUACCUAAGGUAUAUCCAGUUCAUAGAAAUAUCGAAGAUAUGUACAUAUUUUUGAAGUAUAGAAUAAAGGUUAAGUUCACAAAAUCUUCCCAAUUAAGUGAAGAUUAUGUCAUUGAUGAUGCAGAACCAAAAACUUUUGAAUUUUGGAUAUCUGCCUUGGCCAGCUAUCAUUCGUUAGCUCAGAUGGUAUCAAAUAAUUUAAAUGUUGAACCAGAUCAUUUGAAAUUAUUUGUUACAUAUCCAAAUGCAAGAUAUAAUUUAAAGCCAAAAACCUCCUUAAGGAGUUAUUUAAUUAGAGAUUAUAAUUGUGAGGUCAUUCCGCCGUUUGAAUAUGAAGUACUAUCCAUUCCAUUGAAUGAAUUAGAACACUUAAUGCCUAUUAAAUUCUAUUGGUUGAAAAAUAGCUACAUUCAUUAUCAAUGUCACGAAUUUAGAGUCUCUAAGAAUUAUACCGUGAAAGAAUUUUUAGAUAGAAUUCAAAAUAGAUUAAAAUUUACAGACGAAGAAAAGAGACAAAUAUUAUUGUGGACUAAUCGUAAUUUUAAAUUUGAAGGUGUAUUAUUUGAGAACAAUACAUUUGAGGAAAUCGGUAAGUUAGGUUACUUAUUUGGUAGGAUUCUACCUGAUGAGUUGGCCUUAGUUAAGCAGUACGAUGAGCAAAAUUCCCGAGUUCCUGAAAAUAGCCUGGAUGAUAACGUACAAACGAAAGCGAAUAAUGAAAAUGUCAAUUCUUUAUUGGAUCAUAAUUUGUUGCCUGGACGUCUGGUAUUGGUUGAACAAUAUUUUAAAGAUAUUGAAAACAGGCAUGGUAUUUCGUUUUUUUUCAAUUUAAUUCCUGAAGAAAACUUCGUUGAUACAAGAACUCGUUUGCAUGCUAAAUUUGGUCUUGGUCAAAAGGAAUUUUCUAAAAUCAAACUGGCAAUUUCUUAUACAACUCCUACAGGUAGUAUCUUCAAAUCUUUAUCCAGCUACACUGAUGAAGAAUUAAAAAAGAUUGUAUUAUACAACCUAAUGUCUAAUCUAGAUUAUAUAUUUAUGGACCAUCCGGAUAGAUUAAGAUCACAUACUACUCAUGAUAGGCCAAUGGUAAUUAAAAACUAG